AUGUCGCAGCGCUCUCGAUCGGCUCCCUGUGGAGUUUACGGAGCGCAGCACGGAAACGGGGCCUUAGCCCUCUCCGACGUUUGCCCGCUGGCUGCUCCUCAAAUGAGCAGCCAAAACCAGUGGUCUGCCACGGCCCCCUGUGGGGAUUACAAUGCUGCAGCCACGAAUUUCGCUCACUCGUCUCCCUUUGGAGUGCAUUCGGUUGUGCCCAGUGGCGCAACCUUCGAGCGCGCACCUGUUUUGUCGACGCUGGCUGCAAGCGGCUUAAGGAAUUCACGUAUAGCUGCCUCAAGUGGCGGCUGUGAACGACAGCAGGCGCACCCCGCUAGGAGCCCGUUUUGCUCUGGGGCUGGCGGCGCCGCGGCCGGUAUCCCUGUGGAAACCGCGCCGCUAAUCGAGCUGGACGACUGUUCACCCUUGCUCGGCCACGCCGCUAACGCGCCAACGGUUCCCUUUGGAGCAGGCGCACAGACGCUGUUGCAAAACGCCGCCGAAAUGAUUCAGUCACUCUCGGGGGCAGUUAAGGCGCUUUCGGCUGUACCGAAAUGCGCGCACCCCGCUGUACGGUUGGCAGUCCCGACUUACAGCGGAUACGGUGACCUGCUCAGUGCCAGGGAUUAUUGUGACUCCCUGGUACGCUACCAGAUGGCAAAUCGUUUGGAGGAUCAGGAGGUGCUGGAACGCGUCGUUCCCGUAGCACUUAGUGACACGGCGGCUAGGUGGUACCGGCUUUCCGGAUACCGUGCAACAACCCUCGAGGAGUUCCGCGUGGCAUUCCUGCGCGAAUUCCUACCCGCUGACUACCAGAGUAGGAUGCGGCGAGAGCUUGAGCUACGUACACAAGCUCCUGACGAGUCGCUUCAGGAGUACGUACGCGCGAUGCAAGACCUGUUCUUAGUCGCCGAGCCCAAAGCUUCGAACGAGGAACGCGUCGAACGGGUGAUCAGGCAGGCACAUCCGACCUUUUCAGCGUACCUGCGCGGCGGCCGCUUCCGAGAUUUAGAAGAAUUGGCCGCCGAGGCAAAGCGCAUUCAAGGCGACAUUCUCGCCGCGCGAGCCUAUCGCCCACCGCCGCCCGCCAGCGAGGCCCUUGAGCCACGCUGCGCGUGGGGAGGGCCUGUGCCCCUCCCCCAACGGCAACAACCCGGCCAAGCUGCCUUUGCGGCUACAAGCGGGUGUGCAUGGGAGCUGAGCGCACGCGCUCUAGAUCCCUACACGUACGGGAGGCGGGCAGCCUGUGCUGCACCACCGCCCGAAAUGCAUGCGCAGGGACGCACUUCGACCCAACGCAUCGCAGAUGCGGACGCUCGUGACAACAGGCCCUUUGGUCAUGCAGCGAGUCGACCCUGGCAGGGAGCUGAGGCCGCUCCGCCUCGGGAAAGGUACCGCGGCGGAGUGCGCUGUUUUCGCUGCCAACAACGAGGGCAUAUAGCAAGGGACUGCACCGCGCCCAGGCCUCCUGCGAGGUCGGGAAACGGGAGCGCGGGUCGCUCGUGAAGGCACGAGUGACCGAAACCUUGCUUGUCCCCUCGGCGUACCGAGCAGGUUGUGUUGCUGGGGCGCACGCGCCCUUUAUUCCGGUGACCAUUGUCGGCCGCGAAUUUCCUGCGCUGCUGGACACGGGCGCAAGCGCUUCGUUGUUCGGCGAAAAGGUGUUAUCCCACUUGCAGAAGCACUCAGUGCGCUUGCGGGAUUGCCGAACGACAUUCAAUCUUGCGAAAGGCGUGGCCCAUUCGGCGGGCGCCGCAAGGCUGACUGUCAGGUGGGGAGAGCGAAUGAGACGCACGCGUUUCGUUCAUCUCCCCGGGCUCAGUGUUCCGGUGAUUCUCGGAAGGGACUUUCUCCUUAAAACCGGAAUCGUUGUGGACAUUGCGAAUGGCGGCUAUCGCGACGGACCGUUUACGUUGCUAAAGCCGUUCAUCAGCCCGCCGGCGUCCGAUCUUGCCUGUGCAGAUGGGGCGUCGGAAACGUGCCGCGCGCCGAGUUCGGGGGCAAGCCCUCGAGCUGUGCGCUCGCCUGCUAAGACUCCCCUUU